CUCUCCACCAUACCUUGUGCUGUGAGUUCAGAGUAUUCCUGGACUGUCAGUCUUCAAGCGUCGAACGCCUAGCAGCCGCCAUCAGCUGUUUUGCAACGUCCCUUUGGACGAGUCGGAGUCGAGGACUCGAGAGGUUAUGCCGGUGGUCUCGUCGUCCUCGCUGCUGCGGCCUUUAGUCAACGGCAACCUUGGCGCCAAUACUUCUUUGUCACUCGCUACGAAUCGGUCGUCCGAUGCAAUAAUCCAAGUCGUUUGCGCCUGGCCCGUGUCUGGCCAGUACGGGGCCGGCUCGAGAGUUCUUUACUAUGUGCUCGUUGCCGCCUGUCUCCUUGCCCGAAAGGCUACCUGGCUCCGCGGUCCUUGCCUAGUCGCUGCCCUUCUCUUCCCAGCCGUCGCAGCCAUUCACGGCAUCGUGUUAGCAGCAGUCCAUGUCGAUGGCGCCGUUGACAUGGACCUUUAUGGCGCGUUUCAGCUCUGCUCCAUAGGAGUACUGACUGCUCCAACCACUGUCAGGCUGUCUUCAACCUACUUCAACGACCCGGGUCGGAAUACCAUAUUCUUGUGGACUGGCCUUGUUCUUGCAGGGCUCGUAAGCCUGACGGUUGAGUUCUACCGAAGCAACACAUUUCCGUGCUCGGUCGACGAUUUGGGAACCGCCUUCUCCUCCGAGGUGGCUGCAAAUCUGGACAGAUUCCCCUAUGGCACAGCAACAUGCGGCCUCACCUGCUCGAGCCCUGGCGGCCCGUCGUCUCCUUUGCGGCAGGACGCGGCGAACAACAUCUACGUCGUCCCUGCCCCUACCAGGCUCCCUUUCGGCACCGGUACCCUUCUCGCCGCCGCCUGCGGUAUCCCGGCGAUCCUGUCGCUCGCCUUUAUGUUCAAUAAGAUCCUCGAGAUCAACUGGAAAUCGCGCUUCGGUAAUGUGAACCAGGACGAGCUUGUUAACGAGCCCAUCCAAGGCACCAAUGGCGCCACCCCGGGCACAAUGAAGAAUGUCAACAAGAUGGUCCGCGACCUGUUGAGUGCCAUCGAGGUCCCCGUAUCCGGCGCUGCUGUUCUAGCUAUUCUCGUCAUCGGAGAGACAAAUUUCUUCAGCGGCCAGGUUAGGUACCAGACUGAGCCCAUGGCCAGUAUUGGCCAGUGGGCGCCAGUGGUAGGCACUUUGCUUGCUGCGCUUGGGUCGCUAUAUCUUCUCCUAGCCGCGGAGGAGAACGAAAACGAGUGCAACUGCCCGCAUAACUACCACUACCAACAUGGCCGGGCUGACCGGCAUUCUGCGUCGAGGUGCGAUCAAGACAUCCGAAGUAGCCAAGACAAUACGAUUGCACAUCGGCCUUCCAUGCAAGAAGUUGACAUAGGCAUGCUUGGACACCCCCAUUUCUUCACCAGUUCAGGAGCCCCCGAAAUGGGGACUCAUCCAUCUCAUGAGCUGGCGCGGCCUGUGACCCGCCACACCGUAUUCGACAUUGACCACAAUAACAGCCGACGCAGAGUGGCCAAGGCACUUACCCAGUUCACCAACUGGCUUGGCGUCGCCGCGCAUGUCGACGACUCCGAGUUCAAGCGUGGAAGGGCGACCGACUAUCCCGAGAUACCGGGCGAGCGCCACCGGAACCCGGAGCUAUCUCGCAUCAGGGACACGUACAACCCAGCCCGAGACGCCGACGGGAAUGCGACCCCGGUCCCUUGGGAGGGCCGGUCGCGGGCCAACAGCUACAUGACGGCCGGCUCGACGACCCCGAGAGCAACAUCCCCUUCCCCGUCCGCAAGACUGCGGUCCGUCACACUGCCAGAUCAGCCGACCACUUCGGGGCUGCUGCGCACCCCUAGCUCGCCGUCUUGGUCUAUCCUCCCGCUGGUAGACGCGAGACACGGGAACAUCCUCGAGGUACCCCCGCCGAGCCACCACAGCCCGUCGUGGAGCAACGCACACUCGCACCCCCUGACCACGACUUCCAUCGUCUCGGUUCCCAGCGGGCCCAGCUCCCCUGCCAUUGUGGUCUCAUCGGACACGGACGCCAUCUCCCGGUCUGAUGGCAACCAAUUGCCAUCGACGGACUUGGCGAGGAUACCUUCCUCGGCCGGGGCCCCAGCAUCACCGUCGGCAGGAGAUCCGCCUCGCUCCCCAUGAGCUGACCGGUUACUCGAACUGCAUCAUUACCACCCACCAUUCUGGAGACGGAAACACCAAAGCACGAAUGACAGCAUGUCGUAUCUUGCGGUUGAGCCAGUGGGGUAAAUCUUUGGGCCGAUACAUGAAGCACAUACAAAUUUCCCAAAGAAGCUGGCCCACCCUGAUGUUGCAAUAACAAGCCCACAGAGCGGCA